AUAUCAUCAUUGUAAGACUAUUAUCGAAAAUGGUAAAUAUAUGUUAGAAGGCCAAACAAGACAAUUAUGAAUCAUAUGUAGCUUACUAAAGAUUUCAAGUGUCAUUGUGGCGUUGAGUAGUGAUUCAAUUAUCUAAAUGGCCGGAAGACAUUACAGUGCUGCUUCUGGAACCUUCAAACCCAGAUCUCCGGCACUACUUUUCCUCCUCGCAUUCCUCGCUCUCACCCUUCUCUUCUACAUCUUCUCCAGCUUCUCCUCUUCUUCCCCGUCCCGCUAUUCCUCCCGAAACCCUAACUCCGAGAUCGAUUACUCCUUUGUAGCUUCACUCGAGAAAUUCCUAACCAAAUCUCCGCGAUCCCCGACGGCCGGUGACGAUACAGUUUCAGGAACAACGUCAGUUGAGGAUGCUAAGAACCUGGACGAUUCCAUUUGGAAAAAUGAGAAUCAAAGGCUUUAUGAUGAGCCGUUUUAUCCUGCUUUUUCGCCUCUCAAAGUUUACGUAUACGAAAUGCCAUCAAAAUUCACUUAUGAUUUGCUCUGGUUGUUUCAUAACACGUAUAGAGAGACUUCGAAUCUCACCUCUAAUGGUAGUCCUGUUCACCGCUUAAUUGAACAGCAUUCAAUUGAUUACUGGUUAUGGGCCGACUUAAUAGCACCAGAAUCAGAGAGGCUAUUGAAGAAUGUAGUUAGAGUACAUAAGCAAGAGGAAGCUGACCUGUUCUACAUUCCGUUUUUCACUACCAUUAGCUUCUUCUUGAUGGAGAAGCAGCAAUGCAAGGCUCUUUAUAGGGAAGCUUUGAAAUGGGUUAUGGAUCAACCAGCUUGGAAUAGAUCUGAGGGAAGAGAUCACAUACUUCCAGUUCAUCAUCCUUGGUCUUUCAAAUCUGUCCGCAAGUUUAUGAAGAGAGCUAUUUGGUUGCUCCCAGAUAUGGACUCAACAGGGAACUGGUACAAGCCUGGGCAAGUUUAUCUCGAGAAAGACCUGAUACUUCCUUAUGUUGCCAAUGUCGAUCUAUGUGAUGCAAAAUGUUUAUCUUCAUCAAAGAGAUCUAUGCUGCUAUUUUUCCGGGGGAGACUUAAAAGAAAUGCUGGUGGGAAGAUACGUUCCAAACUUGUGGAAGAGCUUCGUGGUGCAGAUGGAGUACUCAUUGAGGAGGGGACUGCUGGAGAAGGAGGAAAAGCAGCAGCACAGAGUGGCAUGCGCAAGAGUAUAUUUUGCCUAAAUCCAGCUGGUGACACCCCAUCAUCAGCCAGAUUGUUUGAUGCAAUUGUCAGUGGCUGCAUUCCUAUCAUAGUUAGCGAUGAACUAGAGCUUCCUUUUGAGGGGAUUCUUGAUUAUCGGAAGAUUGCUCUGUUUGUCUCUUCUAGUGAUGCUUUGCAACCAGGAUGGCUUCUCUCAUUCCUAAAAAGUGUUAGUGCAGCUCAAAUCAAAGAGAUGCAAGUGAACUUAGCUAAGUAUGCAAGGCAUUUUCUUUAUUCUCAUCCAGCUCAGCCGCUAGGUCCUGAAGAUUUAGUCUGGAGAAUGAUGGCAGGUAAGCUGGUAAACAUCAAGCUUCACACUAGAAGGUCACAGCGGGUGGUGAAAGGAUCCAGAAGCGUGUGCACGUGUGAGUGCCGUCGUCCCAAUGUUACAAGCCCAGGUCCAUUAUCUUGAUUGUAGAUCACAGAUGUUUCUUUUUGUUUUCCUCGUAUAUUAUUUUGCACUUCAACAUUUGAUGUAGUUCUAAGAGACCUAGCAAUAUGUGAUUCAGUAAGCAGAAGUGAGGAAAUUCUGAUUUAUUAUUUGUGUCAAAUGUUGCCCAAAGAAUAUUAUGAUAGCUUGAUUUAGAAACUCAAUAUUAUGCAAUUUGUAUAUGCACCUUUAGUGGAUUUCUGAAGAAUUCUUCACUUUGUGA